AUGAAAUUAAAGGAAGAACACGCCACCGUCGCUGUACGAAACCCUAGCCACCGUUUUGAACGUCCCCUCAAAUUAAAACGAUCAAGUGAUGAUUCAAUCGCUGACUUAUCCUCAAUCAUCAGCGAUCUACCGGACGAAAUUCUCCAACAUAUAUUGUCAUAUAUUCCGACUAAGUUGGCGAUCACAACCUCUGUGUUGUCCAAACGAUGGAGACAUGUAUGGAAGGAGACACCUCAUCUCUCCUUUGAAUGGCUUAAUGUUUUCCCUGAAGUGAUAAACGAUACCCUAGCCAGGUACUCGGCUUCCAAAAUCACGAGUUUCCAACUCUAUACCAAUUUCGACUACGAGGUUCGCCAGGUUGAUAAAUCGAUCGAGUUUGCAAUGUCUCACAACGUGGAGAAUUUUUCUCUGGCGCUCGGUUCUAAAUCAUUAUAUAGCUUUCCUGAUUUCUCCUACACCAACUCUUCUAUGAAGCGAGUCAAUUUGAAAAAUUUCUAUUUGAUUCCCAUGAGCACGGUGUCUUGGACAUCACUAAGGAACUUGUCUUUGGGCUGGUGUGAACUCUCUGAUGAAUCUUUUCUUAAGGUUCUGUCUGGUUGUCCAAUCCUAGAAACACUGACUUUGCACUUUUGCCGGUCACUCAAGUAUCUUGAUCUGAGUAAAUCGCUGCGGUUGAGAAGAUUGGAGAUGGAGAUAGAACGCAAGUCCCGUUAUGGAGCACCAUUCCAGUCUAUGCAGGUUGUGGCGCCACAUGUCCAUUAUUUGAGUUUGAGAGACUGUGAGGCACACUGCACUUUUGUUGAUGUCUCUUCUUUAAUAGAAGCUGAUGUCGACGUUAGCUAUUUCCAUCCUAGAACCAAAUAUGAUAAGCCCUUGGACCCUAACGAUCUUCUAGUCACGGCGCAAAAAAUGAUAGAAGCGUUUCAGAAUGUAGAGAAACUUACUUUGGGGGUUAAUUUACUUCAGAUGUUAUCUCUUUCCAAGAUCCCUAGUUUGCCGAUGCUCAAAGUCAAUAAUUUGACUCUUGAAACAAGGAUAAUGCGAUCUGUGGUUCCUGGUGUAGAAAGGCUACUACAAAACUCACCUGGAUUAAACAAGUUAACAGUUUACAACACAACUGAGAGGUGCCACACCCAACUGUGGGAAUGUGUCGACGGAUACUUAAAGAAGCAAUGUUGGAGAUUGGAAGAUAAAGUCUUUCCGACCUCGUGUUAUAAUGUUGUAGAGCCGAAAGUCGUUAGUUCGUUCAUGGAACUUUUGCUGGCAAACACAAAAACGCUAGAAACAUUGGUUGUCCAUUUAUCGACAAAUUGCGUCGCUAGAUCAAGAUUUGAAGAGCUGUCUCAAAUCGCUCUUACGCUUUCUCACAACAAUAACGUAUCUAUCGUGCUCAAGCAAACCGGUGGUUGAUGAUA